GGACAUUUAAUCCUUUAACUGUUCAAAAUUACCAAACCCUAAUAUUUUUUUACAUUGGCAACAUUCAUUACACAUGGCAAGCUCCUACUAGCGCCAUAUUUUAUAUUUGACAGCUGAAGACUUUUCCGUUCGGGAGCAGUCGGAGUGCAAAAAGAGCUCGGGACAUUUUUUCCAAUUAAAUCUCUAAUUCUUAUAAGAAUCGUAAUGCAGAUAUGGCGCCAAAGAAAAAUUAUACUCGGGAACAAAUGGCAAAUGCCAUCGAAGAAGUUAAGCAAGGAGUAAAAGUUUCAGUUGCUGCGGCAAAGCAUGGUGUUCCUAGAGUUACUUUGCUCAAUAAAAUCACGGGGAAGAGUCCAGAAGAAUGUAAUAUGGGCCCAGAUACUAUCCUAACACAAGCAGAAGAAAUGAUUCUGGUGCAAUGGAUUUUACAUAUGGCCGACAACCAUUUCCCUAUAACAAAAGAUCAGCUGCUCGAUAGUGUUCAAAAAAUCGUUAUCGAAAAGAACCUGGUUUCGUGUCCCUUUACCAAUAAACGCCCAGGAAAGAAAUGGUACAGCUCUUUCCUUAAACGUCACCCGGAAAUUGCACAACGCACUGCUCAAAACUUAACAAAAGCAAGAGGAGAUGUCACAGAAGACGAGCUUAGGGAGUGGUUUUCAACAAAUAUUGAUUAUUUAAAGAAACGGGGAUUAUAUGAAACAGUAAUGAGUGACCCUAGACGUGUUUUUAAUACAGAUGAGAGUGCGUUUUUCCUACAGCCAAAAGCUGGACGCGUACUGGUACGAAAAGGGGAGAAGAAUGUUUAUAACAGUUCGGGCGAUGAAAAAGAAAAUUUAACAGUAUUAAUUACCGCAAAUGCCGCGGGUGAUUUGGCUCCGCCAAUGAUUGUAUUCCCGUACGAAAGACUACCAACGGUGAUUGCAAAUAGCGUCCCAACAGGAUGGGCCAUCGGUAGAUCUGACACUGGUUGGAUGUGCGCCAGAACCUUCUUUGAAUACGUUUGUAAUGUUUUUAAUCCGUGGUUGGAAAAAAAUAACGUACCCAAACCAAUAGUGUUUUUCCUAGAUGGACAUAAGUCACAUAUGACCCUACACUUAUCUGAUUUUUGUAAAGAUCACGGAAUAGAAAUUAUAGCUCUCUAUCCCAAUUCGACGCAUUUGCUUCAGCCCAUGGACGUUGCUGUUUUUAGACCCUUAAAACUGUUUUGGAAAAACCAAGUAAGCACGUGGAAGACCGAAAACCCGGGAAAACGCCUGAAGAAAGAAAAUUUCGCACCAAAUUUAGAAGCUGCUCUAGUGAAAGUAUCCGUAGACACAAUUAAAAACGGAUUUCGCAAGAGCGGUCUAUGUCCAUUUGGACCAGAGUAUGUGGAUAUGUCCAAAAUCAGUGCGCAGAAUCGUACUGAACCCUCUGAGUCUAGAGUAAUUGAAAAGUCACAAUUUAUGAAGACAUUGGAAUCUGAAAUAAAGAGUAUAUUCUCACAUGAAAAACUGAGUUUAUUUAAUCAACUAUAUUACAUGCCGAGAACUGAAGUUGAGAAUUUAUUACCGACUGAAGAUCAAUCUUUGUACAUUAUCUGGGCCAAGACAAAGAAUACAUUAGGAGGCAAUAUACAGAAUUUAGGAAAAAACAUACAAACACAGGCUACUCAAGAACAAACAACACAACGUAACGCGCAAGGACAGAUCACGACAGAACAGAAUACACAAAAAGUAAAUGUACAAGAACAGAACAUAGAAGAUGAUAAUACAGAAGAACAGAAUACACAAGGACGGAUCAUGUUAAAGAAAAAUACACAAGGAGAGAACGCAAAUGAACAGAAUGUGCAAAGACAGAUCGCAAUAGGACAAAAUGUAAAAGAACAUAACAUAGAAGAGAACACGGAAGGACAAAAUACAAAAGUACAGAUCAUGACAGAGCAAAAUACACAAAUAACAAAUGUACAAGAGGAGAAGAGGAGAGUACAGGAGGAGAACACAAAAGGACAGAGUAUACAAGGACAGAUCGUGAUAGAACAGAAUACACAACGCCCAAACGUACAUAAAAAGAACACAGAAGAACAGGAUGCGGAAGGACUGGUCAUGACAGAACAGGGUACACAAGGAUUGAAUAGAGGAGAAAAUACACAAGGACCAAAACCAUUUAUUACUUUAGAAACACAUACAACUGAUAAUCAACUAGCAUCGAAACAGGACAAGCAGCAAUAUGUUAUUCCACAGGUUGACCUGCAGGAGCUGAAUAUUACGCCACAAAGAAUUGAUUACCCAACUGGACAACAUAUCAGCGAACAGUCCCCAUUACAAAGGGCUCCAUUAUCAACAGUACAUUCUACACCACUUAAGCCUCUUUCUACAAAUUUGGUAGUGUCCCAACCCUCAACCUCUACGGCAUUCCCAAAAGAUAUGGUAAUCCCGUCGCCUUUCAAACGUGUCUUAUUCUGGCCGGAACCUGAAACGAAAAAGCGACGUACUAAAGAGCGUGUACCAUCUGCUAUAACUAGUGAAACAUGGAGAGACUACAUGAAAAAAAAAGAAAAUGAAAGGAAAAAAAAGCAAGAAGAAAAAGAAAAAAGAAUAAAAGAAAGAAAAGACAAGAAAAUUUUGAAGGAAAAGAUGAUACUAGAAAAGAAAAAACAAAAACAAAAGAAAAAAAUAAUAAGGCAGCCAGAUUCAUCGUCAAACGAAAGUGACAUGGAAAUUAAGUAUGCUGAAAGUGGAGACUCAGCUGAAAGUGGAGAAUCAGACUCAGAAAAUGAACCAUUAAGUAGUAUAAUAAGUCACAGGAAAGAGGUCAAAGAGACACAAAAAACUAAAGGUAAAAUAGGUUCAAAGGGUACUAAAGGUUCCUACGUUAUUGUGAAAUAUGAGGGAGAAUUCUUUCCCGGUAAAAUAGAAAAUACAGAAGAAGAUUUAUAUGAAGUAAGUACGAUGGUGUUAUCAACAGGAAACUCUUUCAGAUGGCCAGAUAAGCCUGAUAAAAUAUGGUAUAGUACAGAAGAUAUAGUAGAAAAAAUUUGUGAUCCUUUGCUUUUGAAUAAGCGGGGCUUCUAUAAAAUCCCAGAAAUGGAAAAAUACUUACCGGACAUUUACAACAUUUAAGAUUAGUUCUUGAUUUGGAUGCGUUACUUAUAUUUUAUAAAUUAACGUUUAAAAGUUUACCAGUAUUAUUAAUUAACUACAUAGUAUAUAUUAGGUAUUAGAAAGUCACUAAAGUUAACAAGUUGUUUGUUGUGUUUUAUUAGUGCUAAAUGUUAAAAGUUUUAUUGAUUAGAUAAGGAACAAAAAGGCUGUUAUAAAUCUUUAUUGUUUUAAAGUUCACCUUCUCAGUUUGGAUAACUGUAUGUUAAAAAAUUAACAACUUUGGAGUCACUUACGUAUUAAAGACUGAUGAUUA